AUGAGGGAACAUUUAAGGAGUAAGCGCACUGAUUUCAAAGUUAGAAAGGUCCUUAAGCAGUUGACCCAAAUUACUGAGAAAAUCACGAAGGUGGUGAGCAGGGAACACCGAAAUCCUGAGCUUGAUGCCUAUAGUGAAGUCUUUAAGAGGGUAGCUGCAGCUAAACCACCUGUUUACUUAGGAAAAGAGGACCCAGCCAGCCUUGAAAACUGGAUUAGGGAGUUUGACAAGCUAUUUGAUGCUAUCAAUUGCCCAAGUGAGAUGAGGGUAAACAAUGGGGUUUACUACUUGAGGGAGGAAGCUGACUUAUGGUGGGCCCAAAGAAAGUAUGAGUUGCUGAAAAGACCAAACUUUGGGUGGGAUGAGUUUAAGGAAGCCUUGAGAGAGAAGUUUUACCCUUCCUACCUUAGAAAGCAGAAGUGUAUGGAGUUUACCAACCUAAGAAUGGGAAACAUGUCAAUCAUUGAAUACUACAACAAGUUCAUUGAUUUGAUGAGGUUUGCCCUGGAAGUAGUCCCUACUGAAACCAUAAAGGCUCAAAGAUUUGAGCAAGGCCUAACCUUGACCCUCCAAGGGAAGCUAGGGGGAGUGACUUUUGAGACCCUAAAUGAAGUCUAUGGCCGUGCAACCCAUCUAUACGGAAUUAAGGGGAGGGAGAUGGAGCAGAAGUUGGGACACCGUGAGUAUGAGUGUUUCAAGAAGGAAGCUGAUGUUAAGUUUGGGAAGGUAAAAGAGUCUAGUGCACCUAGUAAGCCACCUCAGUCUAGUGGACCUACAACCAAGGCAGGAACCAGUAGCGGUGCGGGUGGUGCCUCAAAGGGUCGUGUGUUCGUGAUGAAUAGUCGGCAGGAUGAGUCUGCUAAUGAUGUGGUAAUUGGUGUUUUCUUUUUAAGUUCUUCUCCUGUGAAAGUCUUCUUUGAUUCAGGGGCGUCACAUUCUUUUAUUUCUAAGGAAGUAGUUGGGAGUCUCGGGUUAGAGAGUCCUGAGUUAGUUUCUCUACAUGUGUCUAUUCCGUCUGGGGAAGUGAGGAGUUGUUCGAGAUUGUUUUUGAGUGUGCCUAUUUCCAUCUCUGAGGUUAAGUUUCUGGCUGAUUUGAUCGAGUUUGACUUGAAUGACUUUGAUGUGAUUCUGGGUAUGGAUUGGUUGGGAAAGUAUGAAGCAAAGAUUGUGCGGCUGAAAAGGUCACCUUGA